UUCAGGCGCCACGUUGCAAGCUGACGCGCAAACGGAGCUCGGCUCAGUGUGUGAUGGUGUGAGUCAGUGUGAUGACUUUAAAAAAAAAAAAAAAGGUUAAAACACAAGCUGUGCGACAUGGUUACAGCUCUGCAGCCCUCUGAGCUGCGUCAGUGUUAUGUUCGAGUCCCUACUCGUGCCAACACGCACCCGCCAUGACAGUGUGGCUGCGUGUAAAAGUGUCCAGAGUGCAGGUCGUAAUGAAGACCAUGAAAAGAAGAUUAGCUGGAGCUGUUACAGCAGACCGUCUGGGGACCAUCAUCAUGAGACUGUAGGGACCAGUUCUUGCUUGUGGAUAUCCCCUCCGUCUCCGCCGAAGACCACUGGAAACUAUUUUUUCCUCUUCUAAACUUCCCGAGAGAGACUGAUCCUGGUCGGCUUUUUUUUUUGUUUUGUUUGUUUCUUCCUCUUUCUGUGGUGUGGAGAAAUAGGCUGUAGCCUAUAGUUUGCCAAGGACUUUGACAACGACGCAGGAUGCCCCAAAAAGAAUACCACAACCAAGCCACGUGGGAGUCUGGCGUAGCCUCAAUGAUGCAGAACAAGGUGUAUGACAUCUGUGAUGAAGGUCACAGUGGCGUAAACCAGCUUGGUGGUGUGUUUGUUAAUGGUAGACCGCUGCCGGAUUCCACCAGGCAGAAAAUAGUUGAACUUGCUCACAGUGGUGCUCGACCCUGCGACAUCUCCAGGAUACUGCAGACCCAUGAUGAAGUCCAAGUGCUGGACAGUGAAAAGGUAUCCAACGGCUGUGUGAGCAAAAUCCUGGGCAGAUAUUAUGAAACUGGCUCCAUAAGACCGAGAGCAAUAGGCGGCAGCAAGCCCAGGGUCGCCACUCCAGAGGUGGUCGCGAAAAUCGCGCAGUACAAGCGGGAGUGUCCGUCUAUCUUUGCGUGGGAGAUCCGUGACAGACUUCUGUCGGAGGGGAUCUGCACCAACGACAAUAUACCCAGUGUGUCAUCGAUAAACAGAGUCCUCCGCAACCUGGCUAGUGAAAAGCAACAGAUGGGCGCAGAUGGCAUGUAUGACAAGCUGAGAAUGCUCAACGGUCAGACAGGAACUUGGGGGACCCGGCCCGGCUGGUACCCCGGAACAUCAGUGCCAGGGCAGCCCAACCAAGAUGGCUGCCAACAACAAGACGGUGCAGGAGAAAACACAAACUCCAUCAGCUCGAACGGAGAGGAUUCAGAGGAGACACAGAUGCGGCUGCAGCUCAAGAGGAAACUACAGAGAAAUCGCACGUCCUUCACACAGGAGCAGAUUGAAGCUCUGGAAAAAGAAUUUGAAAGAACUCAUUAUCCAGAUGUUUUCGCGCGUGAGAGACUAGCAGCGAAAAUCGACCUGCCCGAAGCAAGAAUACAAGUCUGGUUCUCUAACAGAAGAGCAAAGUGGAGGCGAGAGGAGAAGCUGCGGAACCAACGCCGCCAGGCCAACAACUCCUCCAGUCACAUUCCCAUCAGCAGCAGCUUUAGCACCAGCGUCUACCAGGCCAUCCCACAACCCACUACACCGGUGUCUUUCACCUCGGGGUCAAUGCUGGGUAGACCUGACUCUGCACUCACAAACACCUACAGUGCGCUGCCCCCCAUGCCCAGCUUCACCAUGGCAAACAAUCUACCUAUGCAACCCAGCCAGACCUCCUCUUAUUCCUGCAUGCUGCCUACCAGUCCGCCUGUGAACGGGCGGAGCUACGACACAUACACGCCCCCUCAUAUGCAGGCACAUAUGAACAGCCAAUCAAUGACCACUUCUGGUACCACCUCAACAGGACUCAUCUCUCCUGGAGUGUCUGUCCCUGUCCAAGUCCCAGGGAGCGAGCCUGACAUGUCUCAGUACUGGUCAAGACUACAGUAGAGAGAAGAGCUACUUCACCUUGUAACCACCCACUCCACCAUCGCCCUCCGGCAGUGCUCCUCACACAUACACGGCACAGGAGAGUAAAGAAGGCGAGAGAGGGUUGAGAAGAGGCAAAGGACAGGAGAGGAGAGGAGAAAAGAAAGAGAGACUCUGGGAGAGCCUUGGGGACGUCUGGGCUUUGUUUUUCCAGUGGGACUGUGUGUGCUGUUCUGUAGCUCUAGGCACAUUCAAACGAGGACUUGGAAGAGAGAACAACGAUGGAAAGACAGAAAAAAAAAUGGACCUCUGUAAAGUGCCCGGUGUUAAAUUUUUAUGGAACAAAAACUUAUCUGUUUUUUUUUUUUCUAUUUCCAACUUCAGUCAUUGUUUCCUUUUUUUCUCUGGUGUGUUAGUAAAUGGCCAUUUGUAUGUUAAUAUGAAAAACCAAGAUCAAGUACUGAUAGAUGGACUGCUAGAAAACCAUGUUGGUCUUGCGUUUGUUUGAGAGAGGAGAACCUGAGAGAUUCUGCCAUGACUAUCUUUUAAUCUGCUUAUAUCGAGACUUUCUACCAGCCUUUGCAUGGUCUCUGGACGCUGUUGCAUAUCAUUAAAGACGAAAAGCUGGAGGGAAGACUCUUACUGUGUCGAAAAAAAAAAACCCCAACAACAACUAUUUAUUGGUCUUAUUUCUUACGAAUGGAUAUUUAGCAGAGGAAACUCAAACUCGAUCCACCCACUGACGCUGUGGUCUUGACUCCUCUGACAUGGGCCUGCGCUUACUGGCUUAUUAAACACGGAUCACUAUCAACAGCUCAAAGUGUGCAAAGACGAUGCGACAUGCAACACAACUUGGACCUCUUGCUUCGGUGGUUGGAUUGACUCUAGAUUACCACGAAGAACAUUAAAUGUGGAAAACAGGUGCAAAAGAAAACCUGUAGUCUGUAAAUGGUAGACUGCGUCUUCGAUAUAAUCCAGUUUGUUUAUGUCAAAAUGUAAAGUACUUGUCUUCCCUAGAAAUCUUCCAGAAAGAUUUCUCCAAUAAAAGUUGAUUUCAUUUAUAUCCCCGAGAAUAUUCUAUAAAUGUUCCAUGCAUCAUAAAAAAAAAAACAUUUCUUUAGGGUCAGGUACAAUUUGUCUCUUAGGUAUAGUUGUAUUAUAGUGUCCUAUGGUCAAAAAAAAAAAAAUGUGCAAC